UAUAUACCCGAUAUAUAGAAUAGCCAAAGAAUGAUUAUAAAGACAAAUUACUACUCUUAGCUACAAGUUUAAGGAGUAAUUCUCAUUUAUCUUAUGCUUUAGCAAUUCUUCUUCCUCCUUUUCCUUUGAAAGUUAGAAUAAUUAUAUAGAGCCCAGAGAUAUCUUAAGAUCCAAUCAAAAAAUUUGCGUAAAAACCACUUAAUUGCCUCACCUAGCUUCUUCCUUCUCUCUAGCUCUUGGACAUCAAAUUCUAAAUAUGAUAUCUCUGUGUACUUCUUGAGAUUAUAUAUUAGCCUUGAUAUUUAGUUCUCAAACAUUGGUUAUGAAGAUUAUUAAUCCCAUCUCCAUACAUUCUGAACAAUAGUCUCAGCUAUAAGGUGACAAGUGGUUACUGGUAAAACUUGUGGAAAACCUUAGGCUGCAUAGUCAAUGGGACGCCAUUCUGUUUUUGUUAAGGAGAAGCUAAGGAAAGGAUUGUGGUCACCAGAAGAAGAUGAAAAAUUGUGCAAUUAUAUCACCAAAUUUGGCGUUGGCUGCUGGAGUUCAGUCCCUAAGCUGGCUGGUCUGCAAAGAUGCGGAAAGAGUUGCAGAUUGAGAUGGAUAAAUUACUUGAGGCCUGAUCUUAAAAGAGGAAUGUUCUCACAGGAAGAAGAGGAUAUCAUCCUUAAUCUCCAUGAACUUCUUGGAAACAGAUGGGCACAGAUUGCAGCACAAUUACCAGGGAGAACAGAUAAUGAGAUAAAGAAUUUCUGGAAUUCAUAUUUAAAGAAGAAGCUAAUAAAGCAAGGGAUUGAUCCAAACACCCACAAGCCACUAAGUGAAAAUCAAGUAAGAAAUGAGACAGACUGUACAGAUAAGGCCUCAAUGUUGCUGAUACCACAGCUCCCAAAUAUGUCAAUUUCAGCUAAAAUGGAGCAACCUUUUCACCUUAGUGAAACAAGUGUCGACUGUGAAGCAAAUAGACAAUUAACAGAUGCUUCAAGAAACCAACUUGUGAGCAAACAAGUGUUUGAUCCUCUGUUUCUGUAUGAAUUCCAAGCAAAUGAUGAUCCAAGUGAGUACAAUUCAGAACUGUUAGGUCAAUGCCAACAAAAUCUGAGACCUUAUGAUCAUCAGAACCAAAUUGAGGGGAAUCCAAAUUUUGGCUUUUGCUCAAUGCCAAGUUUAACAAAUUUUGAACAUGGACACAUGACAGAAACUGAAUUUUCCGACAGCUCAAGUUCAAUAAUGAGUUUAUUAUAUACAAGUGAAGCCAAAGAGAGCUCAAGCAAUAGUUCAAAUAUGAAUAACCAUCAUAAUGCUGCUGAAAUUCAGAUGAAUGAAAUGGUGGGAAAUCCUCAAGACCUGUCAUGGGGUUCUGAGAACAAAAUAGAUUCUCUGUUUCAGUAUCCUUAUGGUGGGAUCAAGAAUGAAGAAGAUUUCAGUAAUAAUCCAUUGAGUUCCUUAUCAGAAGAUACAUGUGGGGAAAAUCUUGUCUUCCACCAUAUCUAAGAUGUAAAUUCGAUCUUCUCUUUUUAUUUUUCGAAUCUACUUCUUCUUAUAUACGUACAAUUAUACAAAACUGUACUCAAGAGAACUUUGAGGUGAGUAUCUUCUCUUCUCCCUUUCUUUUC